CACUGUACUCUUUACCCAGCGCACAGUCACCUAUUCUGGGGUAAUUAGACCACCAACUAGCGCUGACCUGACGGAGCACCACGACCGGCAGUUUGCGGUGCUGUGUGCCCAGCCCUCAGUCACCUAUUCUGGGGCCAGCACAUCAACUGCUUCCAUUAAGCUGCCUUUCUCAAGGGAUGUUGCCUGCCAGACAGACUACCUGGAAACACGUACUAUAGGCACACAGCUAGCCUUGAAGACUCUGCGGCCCCACUUUAGAAGUGAAGUUAUCCAGGCAAGUGUCUCCUGCAGAGAUUUUGGUGUGGGGCCCUCAAAUGCAGACCCUUUGUGCCUGUCAUCGACACCUAUAAAGAGACCACCCAAAAGACCUUGUUUAGACAAUCCAUUGGAGGGCAGCUCUUUGGUGGGAGCUUCAAAGGGACAGGAUUCCAGUUAUGAUCCUGCCGACUCCAUCACAGCAUCGUUAGACUCUACGCUAAAGUCAGAAGAUUCAUCCACUUCCACCCACAACAGCAAAAUAUACAUGGUGUACGAGAACUGCAUCAUGGAGUUGUUUAAUGCAUGUCCAGUCUGCACGCGGGCAUGUGAUGUGAAGACCCAAAGGCUGGGGACAUUCCUGUCUCUGAAGCAGUGGUGCCCCCAUUGCACAUUUACAAGACACUGGAAUAGCCAGCCUGUCCUUGGGAGCACGCCGGCUGGAAAUCUGCACCUUUCUGCCGCCAUGUACCUCAGUGGUGCAUCUUUCAUCAAAAUUGAAAAGGUCUUCAAGGCAAUGAAGCUACAGUUGUUUUGGUAUGAAACAUUUCGCCGCCAUGCCAGAUCUUUCAUUGAACCGGCAGUUAUUCACCAUUGGAAAGUCACACAGGAUGUGAAUCUGCAGCGGCUGUGUCAGGAGGAAAAAGUGAUCCUUGGUGGUGACAUGAGAGCUGACUCACCAGGCCACUCUGCAAAGUAUGGGAGUUAUACAACAAUGGAUCCCCAGUGUAACACCAUUGUGGACAUUCAGUUGGUUCAGGUUGGUGGUAGCUACCACAUGGAGAAGGAGGGCCUGACGAGGAGUCUAGCAUUACUGGAGUCACGUGGCGUCAAACUUGAUUGCAUUGUCACUGAUCGUCAUCCACGAGUACAGAAGUUCCUCAGGGAGAGAAACAUAACCCAUUACUACGAUGUCUGGCACAUGGCAAAAGUUAUAUUGAAUUUCAAAGAAACUGGAAGCAAUCAGUAAGCAAAAAGACUGUAAGAAACUCAAGAAGUGGAUGAAAAGCAUCAACAACCACAUAUACUGGACUGCAGCUAGCUCAGCCUCCGGCCCAGAGAGAAUCGCAAAGUGGACCGCGAUCCUGAACCAUGUUCGAGAUGUCCAUACAUACGAGGAUCCCCUUUACCCCAAGUGCGAGCAUGUGAUCCGCAAGACAACUGACAAGAGUAAAUGGCUCCAAGCAGCAACUCCAGCUUUCUACAAGUUGGAGAAGUUACUGACCAACAAAAGAACGAUGGAGGAUGUUGCAAAACUGAGCCCCCACUACCAAACUUCAUCAUUGGAGGCUUUCCAUGCCAUCAUCCUUCGUUUUGAUAAUUGUAGCCUAAAAUAUCUGUUGUUAUUAACAAGUUUUGUAUUAUACUUCCAGACUCUACCUGGCUGCUAUGCAUUACAAUGAAAAUGCGGACCGACCACAGGCCAAAACACAGGAACCUCUCUUCAAAAUCUACUUUCCAAAGGCUAGGAAGGGAGAGUGCAGAGCUAAACCACAAAAGACACAGCCGACCUUUGGUUACGUUGCCGACAUGAUGGACCUCAUUUUUGAGGAAGUGUUUGUCGACCCUACGCCAUACACCGCUGCACUGUUGGCCAUCCCUGUUUGAGAGGACCUAUCGGCGCAGUAUGAGAAGCCGGACAAGGAGGAGGUCAUUGCCAGCUUUGUGUCAACGUUCAAACGGGGGGCAGUUUAAAGCCUACAUAGUGGCCUUCCUCAUCAGGAAACUCUGAGCGGAUGCGCAGAACCACACAAGCUGGAAUAACGACCCGGAUUCUCCAGGAUCCCAGGAGGCCCCAGCACCAGCUCACAAAGGAACGAUAGGAGAGAUACCUGUAGCGACUGAACUAUUUAUUCUGUUAUUUAGUUUUGCAUAGAUUUUUUAUUAUUAUGUUGUUAUUAUUGUUAUCUAAAUAUUCCUAUGUUCCUAUGGAUCAUCUUCAAUGCAUGCUUUGUAAAAAGAAUUUCUUUUCGUAUGUAAAUAAAUCUGGACA